UACUGACGGGAAAAUACAGAACACUGUCUAUUUCACAAUCAAGGCUUUAUGACUUGUUUACAUGUUUGAAAUAAAUCAGUGCACGAGCUUUGGAACUGCAAGGUCGACGUCACCUUGAUCAGACCCAAUCAGCUUUCAGCAUCGUUCACCUGUAGGCUACGUGUAAACAGGUAACAAACCUCGAGACAGCAUUCCUGCGCGCUCAAGCCUUUUCAUAUUUACAAACGUCUGCAUUCUGGGAGCUUCUUUUUUUCUUUUAACUAAAACUAUUGAAUGUAUUACAAUUUUUGUUUGAAUGUUUGAACUGACGAAGCCUAUACCGAAGGAUUUAUAGCCUAAGUCUAUGAACUUUUCCGCAACAAACGGGAAUUAACUACUUAAUAUUUUUUUGUUUGCUCUAUACUGAAUGCAAUAUUUGGAACUUUUCAGAUUAAAAAGGAGAGCGAGAGAGAGAGAGAAAGAGAGAGAGAGAGAGAGAGAGAGAGAGAGACGUCUGUCAAAUUUCUAUCAAACUUGGACAAGCCGAGGAGAACGGAACAUCUGCGCUUCUUUGGCCAUGAAUAUGUAACUUUCUGCUCUGUCUGACGGACUGACCUCACAUUGGGAAUAUUCUUAGGAUGAGGAUGAUGAAGAUGAAUGCCGCUCUGCUGCAGAUGCUCGCGCUGUGUCUCGCGCUCCGUUCACCUGCGCGCGCUCAGACGGAGGAAGGUAAACAUGAAGUGUGCACAGGCACGCAGAACUCGCUGAGUGUGACAGGAAGCUCUGAGGUCCAGUACAAACUCAUGAAAGAGAUGUACACGGGCUGCAAGAUUGUCAUCGGAAACCUGGAGAUCACACAGAUGGAGCACAACCGCGAUUUCUCAUUCCUACAGUCUAUCCGUGAGGUGACGGGCUACAUCCUCAUCGCCAUAAACCAGUUCAGACGUUUACCACUGGAACAGCUGCGAGUCAUCCGAGGGACGUCUCUGUAUGAAGAUCGCUUCGCUCUCGCCAUCCUCGUCAACUAUCAGAAAGACGGAGUGUAUGGACUACACGAGCUGGGCCUCACACACUUGACAGAGAUCCUGGAGGGUGGAGUGCAGAUCAUCCAGAAUAAAUUCUUGAGCUAUGCACCGCAGAUUAACUGGCUAGACAUCGUGAAAGACAGCGGCGCUGAAAUCAUCAUUGAAGACAAUGGACCAGAACUUCCCUGUCAUGGGUCUUGUGGUGGUCAGUGUUGGGGUCCAGGAAAUGACUCUUGUCAAAUCUUGACUAAGACAGUGUGUGCACCGCAGUGCAAUGGCCGCUGUUUCGGCCGCAGCCCGAGCGAGUGUUGUCACAUGGAGUGUGCCGGGGGCUGCACCGGGCCGCUCGACACCAACUGCUUUGCCUGCAGAAAUUUUAACAACUCGGGGUCAUGUGUGCCACAGUGUCCACAGGCUCUCAUCUAUAAUAAAGUGACGUUCAAAUUGGAACCAAAUCCUAAUGCCAAAUACCAGUACGGCGCGAUGUGUGUAUCACAUUGUCCUACUAACUUUGUUGUAGACGGCAGUUCGUGUGUAAGCAGCUGUCCAGCAGACAAGAUGGAGGUGGAUAAAAUAGGGGUGAAAAGAUGUGAGCCGUGUGGGGGUCUCUGUCCAAAAGCAUGUGUUGGCACUGGUACACCUUCCAGAUUGACCGUAGACUCGCAGAACAUCGACAGCUUCAUAAACUGCACUAAGAUCCAGGGCAGCCUGCAAUUCCUCAUAACAGGAAUUAAAGGAGACAGUUACAAUAAUAUAAGUGCUCUGGAUCCAAAGAAACUGAAGAUCUUCAACACUGUCAGAGAGAUCACAGAUAUUCUGAGUAUUCAGUCUUGGCCGGAAGAACUGGAAGAUCUUUCAGUCUUCUCAAAUCUAGCAACCAUACAGGGAAGAACUCUGUACCGAGGAAUAAGCAGUAAGAGAGGUUACUCGCUUUUGGUGACGAAGAUUCCUACGCUGAAGUCCCUGGGCCUUCGCUCACUGAAACGGAUCGGUGACGGAGGCAUCUACGUCACUGGAAACAAGCAGCUCUGUUAUCAGCACACUGUGAACUGGACACGUCUGUUCGGGAGCGGCCCUCGGCGCCGCCAGAAACCCCUCGACAUCAAAGACAACCACCCACAGGAGCAGUGCAUUGAAGAAGGGCAUGUGUGUGAUCCCCUGUGCUCAUCUGAGGGCUGCUGGGGUCCGGGACCCAAUCAAUGUGUGUCUUGCAAGAACUACAGUAGGGGAGGGACAUGUGUACCACAAUGCAACUUCCUGUCAGGUGAAAAACGGGAGUUUGCCGGACUUAGAAGAGAGUGUAUGCCGUGUCACCAGGAGUGUGCGGUGCAGUAUGGCAAAAACACCUGCACAGGGCCGGGUGCUGAUGAGUGUGUAGCCUGUGCACAUUUGCAGGACGGGCCGUACUGUGUGUCCUCAUGUCCAGAGGGGGUCCAGGGGGAGAAUGGGCUCAUCAUUUAUAAGUUCCCCAACAGCCAGCACAAAUGCCAACCGUGCCAUGCCAACUGCACCCUGGGAUGUUUGGGUCCCAGUCAGAAUGAUUGUGUGGAUUUUUCCAGGUCAGAUUCUGGGUUGCCUGUGACAGCAAUAGUGCUGAGUGUUAUAUUCGGGGUGCUGUUCGCAUUCUCAGUGUUUGUGCUGAGCGUUCUGUAUCGCAGAAGUGUUUCCAUCCGCAGAAAACGUGCCAUGAGGAGAUAUCUGCAUAGUGGGGAGAGUUUUGAACCACUGGAUCCUGGAGAAAAAGGCGUGAAAGUUCAUACACGGAUUCUGGGUGCGUCUGAGCUACGGAAGAUCAAAUCUCUCGGCACUGGAGUGUUCGGCACUGUGCACAAGGGACUCUGGAUACCAGAGGGAGACACUGUAAAGAUUCCAGUGGCUAUCAAGACUAUUCAAGACUGUAAAGGACGACAGACCUUUGAGGAAAUUACAGAUCAUAUGUUGGCUAUGGGGAGUCUGGACCACCCGUAUAUAGUGCGGCUCUUAGGCAUCUGUCCCGGGCCCAGUCUGCAGCUGGUCACUCAGCUCAGCCCCCAGGGGUCUUUACUGGAGCACAUCCGGAAGCACAGAGAGGGCCUCAACCCUCAGAGACUGCUCAACUGGUGUGUGCAGAUCGCCAAGGGUAUGUACUAUCUAGAGGAGCAGCGAAUGGUCCACAGGAACCUGGCUGCCCGCAACAUCCUGCUCAAGAGCGACUUUAUAGUUCAAAUAGCUGAUUAUGGCAUCGCUGACCUCCUCUACCCUGAUGACAAGAAAUACUGCUCCAAUGAAAUUAAUAUGCCAAUUAAGUGGAUGGCCCUGGAAAGCAUCAUGUUCCGCAGAUACACACACCAGAGUGAUGUAUGGAGCUACGGUGUGACAGUUUGGGAAAUGAUGUCAUAUGGGGCGGAGCCUUACUCUGCUAUGCGACCACGAGAAGUACCUGAUCUGUUGGAGAAAGGGGAACGACUCUCUCAACCUCAGAUCUGCACCAUCGAUGUCUACAUGGUCAUGGUCAAAUGUUGGAUGAUUGAUGAAAAUAUUCGGCCAACUUUUAAAGAGCUAGCCAAUGAGUUCACCCGAAUGGCCAGAGACCCCUCCCGAUAUCUCGUCAUCAAAGAGGAGUACAGAGCUCCUGACGCGGCCUCAGAAGAGUCCCAUCAGAGGGCCACUGAGAUGGACUUUCUAGGGGUGGAGGACCAGGAUGAUGAAGUCUUGGAAGAUACCACAGACAUGCCACGCUACAUAACGCCAGCGAGGAGUUUCUCUAGAUUGCGGAUAGAUUCUCAUCGGUCAAGUGUGUCUCCAUCCAAUGUUGCUGGAUAUCUACCAAUGACACCUGGUCUGGAGACCUCAGCACAGAUGGGAAGGGCCUCUCGGUCCCGUCUUGACUCUGGAUGCGCAGUUUCUGAGAGCUCGGAGGGACGGGGAACUGGGGUGGAGCUGGAAAUGAACGAGGACUUCUCGUUUUUUGGCAGCAUGAGGAGGGUCAAGCGUCGUGAGGACAGCGCUUACUUGUCACAGCGGGACAGCCUUUCAGGACCUCCCGAAACAACCUCCACAGGGACUCAAGGAGAAGAAAACCAAAGUGGAUACGUGCUGCCUGGAUUCGGUGAAAGUCCAGAGAAAGAAACUCUUCUAUUCACAUCGUCACGUGCAAAACGUUCCCAGAGGAGAUUUUCAAGAGGCCACUCCGGUGACAUUUUGGAGGCACACAGUGUUGCAGGUGAAGAAUAUGAGUAUAUGAACAACCAGACCCUCUCUCUCGGGCAUUUACCAGGGCAGCUUAAAGAUUACAACCAGCCACGCAACCGCAGCGCCUCCUUCAACCCUGCCGGCUUCUACAGCAAUCACAAAUCUCUAGCGUCCAGCAGACCCAGUAAGAGAUCGUCGAUCGGGGGCUCAGAAAGUAGCUUCGGUCUCUCCAAAUCCUCGACUGACCAGAGGAAUCACAGUGAUGGUGAUUUAUUGUCCAGUGAAGCAGAGUACACAGACUGCAAUCUGGAUCUCAACAAGGUUCAGUACGAGUACAUGGACAUCCGUGGUGGUGCAGGACCACCAGCCAACAUGCUAGACAAACUUCACCUCCCCAGAGCGGUUUCCCGUCCUCCUCUCAGAAGAUCACCACAAGAUGAUGAAGACGAAUACGUGGAGGAAGACUAUCAGUACACUAACAGCCAGCCUCGGCUAAGGGAUUCGCUCAGGGUUCAGGGGUUAAGUGAAGGAGAAGUGUAUGAAUAUGAGGAUAUGGACUCAUUGGCUGCAGGUGGAGCAUCUGCAGCUGAAUACCAGGAUCUGAAGGGAGAAGAUGAAGAGAGUUUUGGGCAGACGGAUGAACCCCGGACCCCGGGGCCGGAAAAAUUUUUAAAAGUUCAUGCAGGGAUGGAACAUAAAGCUUUUGAUAACCCUGACUAUUGGCACAGCAGGUCGUUUCAGAAAGCCAAUGCUGUCCGCACAUAGACAUGGAGAACGGCGUGAAGGAACUUGAUGCAAAUCAACAAAUGCAAGUUGAACUGUCAUCAGUGACCAAUUCUCAGGAAGUUAUUGAAUAAUGCACUUCUGAAAAGCUUUUGCAAGCUUGACAAAACACUGUAAAUGUAUUUUAAUGUAAAAUGUAAAAAAAAAUGUUUUAAAGUAAAAAAAAAAAAUGUGGCAUUAUGUUUAAAAUGCAUUUAAACAAGAACAUCUUUGUUCUUUUAAUAUGGUGGAGGUGCCAGAAUUACCAGAUUCAUGAGCUACACUGCACUGAUAUUUACAUCUGGAUGUAAGUGUGUGGUUUCUUCAAAUGUUCUGUUUAUGCCAAGUUUGUUGUACUCGUCAAAUGAAGCCAUAAGUUUGCUCUUUGUGCACUUGAGAAAUGAGUGUCCGUCUUAAAUAAUCUAUUAUUUUGUGUAUUUGUGAAGUGCCCAAUUCAGUCAAACUGCUGUGCAUCUGUUCAGAUUGCACUUGAAUUAUUUAACAAUUUAAGUGUAAUUUUUCAAAAUACGUAUAAUCUGAAGUAUUUACAUUUGGAAUUUAUGAAAUGAUGAUGUCAGUUGAAUAGCAGAGUGAUUGACUUUGGGUAAAGCUGUUUUUCUAUGAGGUGUUUGUUGUGCAUGCCUUCUGAACAAAUCAUAAUGAAGUACUUGUAUUAUGUUUCAAAUGAAAUGGCCAGUAAUAAAUCUAUAGUUUUGUACACACAUAUCAAACUAAAGUAUUUUCUCUACUUUGUGACUGUUUGAAAAGAUUUUUUAUUGUAUUUGCUUUUAUCUUACACUUUA